UAAAUAUUCAGCGUUGCUUUUUGCUAUGCACGCGAUUAUUUAAUUAAUAUAAGGUUAAAUAUUGUAAAACUACACCAUGCCACGUCUUGUAAACUACAAAAGUUAAAUGUUAACACAAAAUCGAUGUAAUCUGUUGAACAUGAGUUCGGUCAAGAAGAUUGAUAAUGCCAAAAAAACUACAAAAGUUAAAAACUUGGCAUACAAGUGUGAUUUGUGUCCGAAGAGAUUCUCCAACAAGAUGGCUUUAGUUAGCCACGGCUACUCUCACACCGAUGAGACUCCAUUCCAGUGCACACUGUGUGAUUAUGCGGGCAAGACAAAGAAGUACCUCAGUCGCCAUGUCAAGGCGAGGCACAUAGGAGACAGAAAAGUUGACUGUGAGGUGUGUGGAAAGUCCUUUCAAUUCGAGUCCAAGCUCAAACACCAUAUGCUGGUACACACUGGUGAGAAACCAUACAAGUGCGAGAUAUGCGAGAAGGCAUUCAAUUCGUCCUACUCUCUCAACACACACAAACUCAUACAUACAAAUUCCAAACCCUUCAAAUGCACGUACUGCCCGUACGCCUGUCGUGACUCCUCGACACUGCGCAAGCACAAGGAGCGGCACAUGGGGAAAAUCAAAUACUACACAUGCAGCGUGUGUAAUGUGAGCUUUUCAACGAGGGUCACAUUAAAAGUCCACAUAGCGGAGAAGCAUUUCAACAUCGACAUGAAGAGGAUGGAGUGUGACGCGUGUGGUCAACGAUUUAGACACAGGCAGACGCUGGUUACUCAUAUUCAUACCGUCCACGACAAGUCGAGAUCGGCCAAAUGUGACAUAUGCGGCAAAACGCUCAGCAACAGAGGCAACAUGCGCUCGCAUAUGCGCACCCACGUUGAGCAUAGACCCUACAAGUGUACGUUCAGGGGAUGUGGAAGGAGGUUUAAAGAUGCUAGUGGUCGCGUUAAACACGAAAUAAAGCACUACCCGGAGCGCCAGUUCCCUUGCAAGAUAUGUGACAAGCUGUUCACCAGGGAAUACCGUAUGCAUAAACAUCUGAACACGCACAUGGCUAAAGUUAAGAAAGUCGAGUGCGAUUAUUGUGGUGUUCGUUUCUACAACAAAAACUACCUGACCACCCAUAUACAACGUAAGCACGGUAGAAAGGGGCAGAAGUACGUGUGCGACCUGUGCGGGUUGGUGACUACCAACAAGCCUAGCAUAGUCAUGCACAUUAAAUACGGCCAUGACGCCGACAAGCUAAAGGAGAUAAUAUGCGACAUUUGUCAGAAGACAUUCAAGAGCGAUUUCAACUUGAAACUACAUUAUUGGAGAGCACACAAAAUGGAGUACAUGAUUCCACGCAAAUUCAAAAAAAAGAGUAAGAAAAAGAAUGAAUCUGUAGUACAAGUGAAAGAGGAACCAAUAGACAAUGAUUACGAGGGUGGAAACUAUUUCACAGUCACCCCCAAAAUGGAGCCCUUAGAUGAGAAACCAUUAGAUGAACUGUCGGAUAUGGUUGACCCGGAUAUCCGGAUAGAACUGGAAGAUAUCCCCAACGACGUACUGGAAGAGUUCAUUACUCCCGUACAGAAGGGCCCCGAGGAGAGGAGGUUGAAAUAUACUGAACAUGUUUCCGUCGACAAAAGAUUAGAGAAGCGAGUUAGGAAAAGAAUAGACGUCCUAAUGGAGGAAAGAAACAAAAAGGCAGAAGAGAGAGUUAAGGAGAUACGUAAGAAGUAUGAAGAAAGAGCGAGAAAGAUGGCCAGCAGAACGCUGGAGCGAACGAGAAGGAAAUACAACAGGCUGAUACGCAAUGCCAUCAAAAACUCGACGAAGAAAGAUAAAAUUAAAAUAAAACACGGCGCAAUUUCUGCAGUAGAACAACAUUCGGAUUCUUUGUUAGAAGCAAACUUCUUCAUAAAACAGACCAUAGACAAUACAGAUCGUAUUGUAAAUGAACCAGUCAGAGACAAUAUAGAAGAGCGAAGAAGUAAUAUAAACGAAAUUGAAAGAAUAGAGAAUUCUUCAUUAGAUGAAGAAGAAGAAGAUGGAAUUGAAAACGAAAUAAGUAAGGAAGAACGGAUAGACGAUAUUAAGGGAAAUGAAAUAGAUCAUAACGAAAAUGAAAAAGACAUUGAAGAAAAUGGUGUAGACAAUAUUGAAGAACAGUCUACAAAUGGUAUAGAUGAAAAUGGAACUAGCACAGGAGACGAAAUAGGAAAAGAUGUGCGGAGAAAAUCGGGAAGAAAAAGGAAAUUGAAUUUCAAGUAUAUCGAUGAAAAUGGACCAAAUACAGGAGACAAACGAGAAAGAAAAGAUAUGGGAAGUAAACCGGACCAAAAUAGGAAAUUGAAGUUCAAUACACACCAGUGCUACGUUUGUUUUAAGUUGUACCAAACCAAAGAAGAGCUAUUAGACCACUGCAAGGAACAUUUCGACCAGUGCGAGAUGCAAACCUUAAAGAAAUGUCCACUCUGCGACUACUCCACCAAUCUCAGCAUCACCAGACACUUGAAACUCAAACACAAACUGAAAGUCAAAGUACCGUACGGAUCCUUCAAAGAUAAUAAACAAAACAACGGAACAAAAUACUAUUAUGAAGUCAACGAUGAAAGAAUAAAAAAAUUAGAAAUAAUACCCAGUAUAAAGAGACUUAAUAAAAGAGAGAGUUGCAAGAUCGAUAAGAGAAAUAGAGAGAAGAUGAAUAAAGAAGUAUUGAAGAGUAAGCUCGUCAAGAAAGGUAAGGAAUGGAUAGUUAUGAAAGAAAAAAUUAAGAUUAAUUUUAAAGACUGUUUGCUACCUAAGUUUGAUAAACUUGAUAUUAUAAAUGUUAAAGGUAGCUAUGCAGAUAGACUGAAAGAGCUUUAUAAACUAGCAAAGAAGAACGGUAAUAAAAUGGUGUUCCCAUGCGAUUCUUGUGACAAAGUUUGUCAAACGCUGGCCGCUCUGAAAUUACACUGUAGGAAACAUGAGGAAAAUCCGAAACCGUUUAAGAAAAAGGUUUGGAAACAUAAACUUGAAGGUAAGAGUGUUGUUAAAAAAAAAGUAAAGGUAGUUACAAAUUUAGAUAAUCGUACAGCGAAGCCAAAACCGGUAGUGAAUAAACAUAAAUGUGAUAAAGAACUCAUCGAGUUCUAUGAACAAAAUAUAAAAGGUGGCGAUGUAGAAUUUUGGCAGUUUUUAAAAAUAUAUAACAAAAUGGAACGAGAAAAUAUCAAUGAUUUUGAAGAUUUGCAAAAAAGCAGCCAUUUCGGAUUACAUUGUAACGAGCCGGUAGAAAAUACUAAUGAUUGCAAUGAACCCAAAGAUUCCUUGAAUAGUGAUUUAACAAAAGAAAAUAGUAAUAAUAUUAGGAACAGAACUGUCAAAAAGACAGUCAAAAAGACAGUAAAAAAUGCAUAUACAAGAGUAGUAAGACUAAGCAAACGUGAAGCGAUGAAAAGGGACGAAGCGAGAAGAAGAUUGAGAGAGAAAAUAUAUUGUAAUAGCUCAUCAUCAUCAUCAUCAUCUCAGCCAUAAGACGUCCACUGCUGA